AUGGACUAUUCGGAUUCCGAAUUGGACCUCGACACAAGAAGUGUGAGAGACUUCUACCCUAAAGAUCCGAACUUGACCAACGAAAAGCAACUGGUAAGUUUCUAUCUAGGCUAAAAGUAAAACGUGCGACUUUAUUGAUUGAUUAGUAUUAGCUGUUUGUCUAUUGGAGAGGUCUGCUUUGGAAGGAUUUCUCAUUCUAAUGUGUCCAUAUUCCAUAUUUCCUACAGCUUGGAGCACUACAUGACGUUCUUAAAAAGCUGCAGACCAAGAGACUUCCAUUCUGGGAAAAGAAAUUCGGCCAAGUCCCUACGGUAAAUAUAACAAUUUGAACGAAGCUUCUAAAAGUGGAAAGACCUAUACUUCUAAAAAUGUUUUGUCUAAACUGGCGCGUAAAACUACAUUUCAACAUUUUAACUUUCACUAAACGCUUUAAUGUGCCAUGUUUUGUGGAUGAUGUGAUCUGAUGUGGUGACAGGUGGAUAUAGCCCCAUAUACUUUUGCAUCUGUUGGCAAAAAUGUCACACACGGUCUUAUUUUGUUUACCUUCUCUUUUCAGUGCGACGUUGGAGAGCAGUGCGCAGUGAGAAAGGGCGCGAGAAUCGGCAAAAUGUGCGACUGUCCUCGCGGAGCAUUCUGCAACUCUUACCUGCUCAAGUGCUUGUGAAUUGAAUUGGUCUGAAUCGGUCUGAAUGUAAAUUGAUGGCAAACUAAAACUGUUACAUCAGAACGACAUGUGAUAUAGUAGUAUUGUUAUGAUACUACAAUAUACGAUUAUCGGGAGAGUGACAGGUUGCAUUCUGAAAGAUUGUCCAAACCCCAAAAAGGCUUAUUUUGAACUUAUGAAAUAUUUUAUUUUCAACUGGAUGUUUCUGUAACCAAAAAUGAGUUGUGAUAUGAAUAAACAGCGUUCUAUCUUGUUUUGUAAAGCAGCCUGAGUGGUCUCUGUUUGCUCCAAGAAUUUCAUGAUCCACAUGCAUAAAGAUUAUGCGCAAUGCUGUAUGCGAUAAUGGUAUGGGUUAUUGCCUACAAACUAUUGAAGUAAAAAAAUGAGGUCGAUGUACUGGGAUACCUACCAAUAACAUUAGUCAUGAAGUACAUGGAGUCUGUAAACAGAUAAAAGGUGUUUGGAUUGCGGUAACUGGAGUAUUUGAACAGGACCUCUUGGAGACGAAAGAUAUCUUCUACUGUGCGCAAUCUCUUAAGGACCAUGGAAAGUUCCAGACUAUGGACCAGAGCCGUGGUUUGCGCGGUGUUGCUGUCUAUCGUUCUUAGUGCUGAAAUUGACUAUUCGGAUUCCGAAUUGGACCUCGACACAAGAAGUGUGAGAGACUUCUACCCCAAAGAUCCGAACUUGACCAACGAAAAGCAACUGGUAAGUUUCUAUCUAGGCUAAAAGUAAAACGUGCGACUUUAUUGAUUGAUUAGUAUUAGCUGUUUGUCUAUUGGAGAGGUCUGCUUUGGAAGGAUUUCUCAUUCUAAUGUGUCCAUAUUCCAUAUUUCCCACAGCUUGGAGCACUACAUGACGUUCUUAAAAAGCUGCAGACCAAGAGACUUCCGUUCUGGGAAAAGAAAUUCGGCCAAGUCCCUACGGUAAAUAUAACAAUUUGAACGAAGCUUCUAAAAGUGGAAAGACCUAUACUUCUAAAAGUGUUUUGUCUAAACUGGCGCGUAAAACUACAUUUCAACAUUUUAACUUUCACUAAACGCUUUAAUGUGCCAUGUUUUGUGGAUGAUGUGAUCUGAUGUGGUGACAGGUGGAUAUAGCCCCAUAGACUUUUGCAUCUGUUGGCAAAAAUGUCACACACGGUCUUAUUUUGUUUACCUUCUCUUUUCAGUGCGACGUUGGAGAGCAGUGCGCAGUGAGAAAGGGCGCGAGAAUCGGCAAAAUGUGCGACUGUCCUCGCGGAGCAUUCUGCAACUCUUACCUGCUCAAGUGCUUGUGA